CAGAGAGGAGGAGGAGGAGUUGUAGUAGAUUGUUGUUGUCGCCAUGCCGUCCAGACGCUGUUAUUUUCAUCCCCGUGUGAAAUCCCCCUUGUUCGGUCUUCCCAGAGACGCUGCACUUAGAGAACAAUGGUUAACGUUUAUUUUUAAAUCGGUUCCUGAAAGUUAUAAUCCCAAUAUAGCUCUGUGUGCUGCACACAUUGCGGAGGACAGCUUCCUCAAUCUAAGUCAGUACAAUGCCGGAUUCGCACAGAGGUUGUUCCUGAAAGAUGGAGCAGUUCCCACGUUGUCUGGAGAAGGCGUUGUUUAUGGACCACAACCGCAGGGACCGAGUUCCCAAGAGCUCCCUCCUACAUCACUUGAGGAAGCUUCCAGUCAGCCAGACACUGUGAUCAUGAAGACAUCGCCAACGAUGCGAUCAGUGGGCACACAACUAUCUGUUGGUACAUUGAGGGAUGUCCACGUAAGGAGCAAAGGCAUGCGGCUGUCUUCAACACCAGAUCGCGGCUCAAUCUUCAGGCCGAGCAAGAGACCUCGUCUGGAGUUGGAGGAACACGAAGAGGAACAUGACUCAACAUAUACCCCAGAGUCUGUCACUCAGGAAUCAGAAUUGUUAAUAGAUCCUGAGUCCAAUUACGGUGAGAAGAAGUACAUUGUUUUUGAAAGCUGCCUUAGACAGAUGUUUGAGUCCUGUCCAGUUUGUAAAGCGACUUGUGAUGUCCGCAAAAGACAAAUGGGGACUUUUGUUGCAUUCACCCAGCUGUGUGAAGAAUGUCAUUAUCACAGACGGUGGCAGAGUCAGCCCAUUGUAGGGAGUACCCCGGUGGGAAACCUGCAAUUGUGCGCUGCCACGUAUUUUCUGGGAGGGUCCUAUGCUAAACUCCAAAAGAUUUUCAAGGCCAUGCAGCUCCAAACUGUGCAGUACGGUACUUUCCGGAGACAUGCAAGGAAUUUCUUAGAGCCUGCCAUCAUCCACAAGUGGAACAGAGAUCAGGAACAUCUUAUUCGGCAACUGAAAGAGAGGGGAAACCUUGCAAUAGCUGGAGAUAUGCGCGCUGACUCACCAGGACACUCAGCUAAAUAUGGAAGUUACACAUUGAUGGAUAUGGAAACCAAGUCAAUUGUGGAUCUUCAGCUAAUUCAGAGCAACGAGGUAGGUGGUAGUUACCACAUGGAAAAGGAGGGUUUGAAGCGCUGUCUUGAUAAGCUGGAAUCUUGUGGUUUGGUGGUUGACUCCAUUGUCACCGAUCGCCAUCCACAGAUUCAGAAGUACCUGAGAGAACGCAACGUCACUCAGUACUAUGAUGUGUGGCACUUUGAGAAAGCUUUGUCUAAGAAACUUCGCAAGCUUUCGCAAGGUAAAGACUGCAAGAUGCUGAAAAAAUGGUUGAAAAGCCUCAAAAAUCAUCUGAACUGGAGUGCGACUUCUUCUGUAUCUGGUCCUGAAAAGGUGGCGAAGUGGACAUCACUUCUUAAUCACAUACAGAACAUCCAUAUUCAUGACAACAGCCUGUUUCCUAAAUGUGAACACCCAGACAGAGUUUCAAAGGAUCCCAAAAAAUGGUUUCAACCAGGCUCAGUGGCACUCCACAAAGUGGAAAAGUUAACGUGCAACAAGAGAGUUCUCAAAGACUUUGAGAAACUCAGUCACCACUUUCAAACCUCCUCACUGAAGGCAUUUCACAGACGGAUUCUACGUUUUGCCCCCAAAAAUGUAGUUUUCUACUUCAUAGGAAUGCUGUGCAGGUUGUAUCUCGCAGCCAUGCACUACAAUGAGAAUUGCAGCCGCCCACAGGCAAAAACAACUCAAGGACGGGCUACGUACAAAAUCGGUUUUCCCAAGUCAAAGCAAUGGAAGUGCACAGGCAGGCCAUUGAAAACACACCCAACAUACAACUGUGUCGAUGACCUUAUGAGCCUUCUACUACGUAAAGUCAUUGUGGACUCGACGCCAUAUGCAGAAGAACUACAUCAGAUCACUGUUCCACCUCACCUGUCGUCACAGUUCAAAAAACCCUCAAAGGAAGAUGUUACAUAAUAAAAUACAUCAAAAGACUUUGAA